UCGUUUUGGUAAUACUAACGUUAAUUGCUAUUCUGAAUAGAAUUGGUUUCUUUGAUGAAUCAAGAACUCAGCAGAGCCAAAGAGUAUGGUCCGAUGUUAACUGAGGAGUUGGGUUUUCUUCAUAAAGAUGAGACCUUUUCUGUUUUAAAAGCAAAACAAAUCGCCAUUUGGAGCAUUCUCGUCCACCGAAUCUACCUACCAGUCUACCACCAUUGACAAGCUUUAAACUUUAAACUAUAAAAAAGGCAACAACUUGUAUAGAGAGAUAGAAAGAGAUGUGGAAGAGCAUAGGCGAAUUGAGUUGCGAUGAUUAUGUCAAAGCUGGGUUGACUUUGGAAGACGCCAAGGAAUUUGACAAAUUGGUGAGCGAUGUGAUUACAAAGGCUAUAGAGACUGAUCCAAGAGAUCAAUGGAAAGCUUUGGUAGAUGAGAGUGUGCUUAAGCCAUGGCAUCCACAUCCUCUGCAUCAGCUUCUCUACUACUCUGUCUAUUCAAACUGGGACUCCUCUGUUCAUGGCCCUCCUCUCUAUUGGUUUCCUUCUCUAUCUCAGUCAAAGUCCACCAAUCUGGGGAAGCUGAUGGAAUAUCACGGACCAAGACUUCUUGGUCCUUCAUACAAGAACCCUCUUGAAAGUUUUGAACUUUUCCGGAGAUUCUCAGUUGAACACCCUGAAGUUUAUUGGUCAUUUGUUAUCGAUGAGCUUUCACUUGUGUUUCACACUCCUCCGAGGUGUAUCCUUAACAAAUCAAAACCUGAAGGGACUUGGCUCCCUGAUGCAGUUCUUAAUAUCGCUGAGUGUUGUCUGAUGCCUUCAAGCCAUCCCAAAAAGGAGGAUGAUAGUGUGGCUGUUGUAUGGCGUAAUGAAGGGUUUGAUGACUCUCCAGUCAAUAGAAUGACCAUUAAAGAGCUUCGGGAGCAAGUAAUGUUGGUGGCAAAUGCGAUAAGUGGAAGUUUUGAAAAGGGUGACACAAUUGCAAUCGAUAUGCCAAUGACAGUUGAUGCAGUGAUUAUAUAUCUCGCAAUCAUAUUAGCUGGUUGCAUUGUUGUCUCCAUCGCAGACAGCUUUGCAGCUAAAGAAAUAGCAACAAGGUUGAAAAUUUCGAAGGCAAAAGGCAUAUUCACUCAGGAUUAUAUACUCAGAGGAGGUCGAAGGUUUCCUUUAUACAGUCGAGUGGUUGAAGCUGCUCCAUCUAAGGUCAUUGUCCUCCCGGCUUCAGGUACUGAAUUGCAUGUUCAGUUAAGAGAACAGGAUGUAUCAUGGAUGGAUUUUCUUUCCAACGCCAAACCCCAUUCUAGUGGAGAGAACUACUAUCGUCCGAUUUAUCUACCUGUAGAGUCUGUGAUUAACAUUCUCUUCUCAUCUGGAACUACAGGUGAGCCGAAAGCUAUACCGUGGACACAACUAUCACCAAUUCGUAGUGCUUGUGAUGGAUGGGCUCAUCUUGAUGUCCAAGUGGGUCACACAUAUUGUUGGCCUACAAAUCUUGGAUGGGUAAUGGGACCAACUCUUAUGUUCUCCUGCUUUCUAACUGGUGCAACUCUCGCUCUCUACAGCGGGUCUCCCCUUGGCCGCGGUUUUGGAAAGUUUGUUCAGGAUGCUGGAGUUACAGUUCUUGGUACUGUUCCAAGCUUGGUGAAAACUUGGAAGAGAACAAACUGUAUGGAAGGGCUUAAUUGGACAAAGAUUAAGUUUUUCGCCACUACAGGAGAAGCUUCCAAUGUUGACGAUGUUCUCUGGCUUUCUUCUAAAGCUGAUUACAAACCUGUGAUCGAAUGCUGUGGAGGCACGGAACUUGCUUCGUCAUACAUCAUAGGAAGCCCUCUUCAACCGCAGGCUUUUGGAGCGUUUAGCACACCAUCCAUGACAACUAGAAUCAUCAUCUUCGAUGAAAAUGGCGUCCCAUAUCCGGAUGAUCAACCAUGUACUGGAGAAGUCGGUUUGUUCCCCCAGCACCUUGGGGCCACGGAUAGACUUCUGAAUGCAAAUCACGACGAGGUUUACUUCAAGGGAAUGCCCAUGUAUAAGGAAACACGACUUAGAAGACACGGUGACAUUGUGAAGCGAACUGUUGGAGGAUAUUACAAUGUUCAAGGUAGAGCUGAUGAUACCAUGAACCUUGGAGGCAUUAAGACGAGUUCUAUUGAGAUCGAACGUGUGUGUGAUCAAGCUGAUGAGUGCAUCUCUGAGACAGCUGCAGUCACCUUAACACCACCUAACGGUGGUCCAGAGUUGCUGGUCAUAUUCGCAGUCUUGAAAGAAGGGUUCAAGCAACAGAGUGGAGAAGAGCUAAAGAUGAAAUUUUCAAGAACCAUUCAAAAAGAUCUUAAUCCUCUCUUCAAGGUGAGUUUUGUGAAGAUUGUGCCGGAGUUUCCAAGAACAGCUUCUAGCAAGCUACUGAGAAGAGUCUUGAGAGAUCAGAUUAAGCAAGAACUACUAUCCUUACGAAGUCGAAUAUAAAGCCUUGAUCUUAAGUUUAACUAGAAUAAAAUAAGAUCUGCUGAGUAGUAGUUGAUCUACACAUGAUUGGGUACUGCUCGGUCCAAAUAAGAAAACCGAUUAAAUCAAAUCUACCGGUCCUUGAAUUCUCUAGCCUGAUUCACAUUUACAUGACUAAACACUUUGACUUUGUUAUGUUUGUGUUUGUGUUUGGUGUAUAUAUUUCAUAUCAGAUUAUAAUCUUAAUUUUCCUC